AUGCAGGAGACCUAUGAGAAUGUGACCUUGCUGGGGUUUCCAGUUUCAAAACCUGACGUGACCUCCCAGCUGGAACAAGGGGAGGAGCCGUGGGUCCCACAUCAGCAGGGCUCAGAGAAAAGGGCGAUCCUGAGAGGUCCCUGCACAGGUGAUGGGACGGUGAGUGAGAAUGAGGAGCAGAAUCCAAAGCAGGAAGAUGCGGAGCAAGUGGAAUCACCCAGGGCAUUAGCACAAAGAUCUAAUGUGAAUGUGUCCAGGAGUCGUGAGCAGGAAAGUGCCUGCAAGAGUCAGCACAGGCCAGGGAGAGAGCAGGGAAACCAGCCAGGGCAGAAAGUGGGUCAAUCCAUUAAUUGUUGGCAAACUCACAAAGACCUCAAAGAAACCGCAGCCCAGCAGGGAAUCCCCAUGGGAGACAGAAACAACACAUGCCCUGAGUGUGGGAAAGACUUCAGUUACCGCUCGGCCCUUAUCACACAUCGAAGAAGCCACACAGGAGAACGACUCUACAUAUGCUGCGUGUGUGGGAAAAGCUUCACUCAGAGCUCACACCUUGUUAGAGAUCAGAGACUCCACUCAGGAGAGAGACCCUACGAAUGCUGUGAGUGCGGGAAAAUUUUCACCCAGAGCUCAACCCGUGUCCGACAUCGGAGAAUUCACACGGGAGAAAGACCCUAUGGAUGCACAGAGUGUCAGAAGAGGUUCAGUGACAGCCCAGCCCUUAUUAAGCAUCAGAGAACCCACACAAGAGAAAGACCCUAUGAGUGCUGUGAGUGCGGGAAAACCUUCAUUGACAGCUCCUCCCUUAUUAGGCACAAGAGGGUCCACAUAGGAGAGAGACUCUAUGAAUGCUGUGAGUGUGGGAAAACCUUCACUCAAAGCUCAGCCCUUAUCAGGCAUCAAAGAACCCACACGGGAGAGAGACCUUACGAAUGCUCCGAAAGCGGGAAAAGCUUCACGGACAGCUCACACCUUAUCAGGCAUGAGCGAAUCCACACAGGCGAGAGACCCUAUCUAUGCGCAGAGUGUGGGAAAAGCUUCGUUGUGAGCUCAAACCUUGUUGCACAUCAGAAGAGCCACAAGGGUGAUAAAAAAUCAUUAAAAAAAUAA